CCAAAUUAAAAAUAAGAUGUUUUGGGAAAUUUUAAUGUUUGCACGAUCAAAAUUAACAUUAAAAUAGCUAACCAACCAACGCGUAGCUUGUGUUAUUCGUAAAGUGAAAGGAUUUUAAGGAUUUCUGCUGCUAAUUUGGCAAUGUGAACGCUUCAAACUGUGUAUGUAUGUAUUGCUUAUACGAGACUCCUAAAUACUAAGAGAAACAACAACAAUGUCGACGGCGGGAAAAGUCGCUGAGCAAGCGGAUAAUAUGACGCGCUGGUUAAACGAUAAGCUGCUCACAAGCGAAGAGAGGAAUAAUAGCAACAUCAACAACAAAAGCAAUAUGAACACUAAUGCAAAUAAAUACAAUGCUCCAGCGACAAUGCCAAAUAUGCGCAACAAUAGCAAUAAUAAUAAUCAAAGCAAAGAUUUUGAUAAAAUCUGCAAGCAAGCCCGAGCUGGUCAAAAGAUUAUGAUUAUUAUGCGUGGCGCACCCGGUAGCGGCAAAUCAACAAUGGCAAAAUCAUUAGUACAGCAAACCCAACAUUUGGAGCAGUAUACUGUCAAAGACUUUGUAUAUAGCAGCGAUGAUUACUUCAUUACAAAACGUGGCUAUGAGUUUAAUCCCACACUUCUGCCAGAGGCGCAUGAUUGGAACAAGCAACGCGUGCGUAGCAAGGCAGAAGCCGGCUGGAGUCCCAUUAUAGUGGAUAACACGAAUUCCAUGAGCUGGGAAAUGAUGCCUUACGUGCAAAUUGCUGUUGAAUGUGGCUAUAUUUUGGAACUUCUAGAGCCACAGACCAGCUGGGCCAAAUCAGCUGGCAAGUUGGCGCAGCGGUGUGUGCAUCAGGUACCCAGAGAUAGAAUUCAAGCGCAUUUAGAUCGUUUCGAAAGAACUACGGUGCCGGAUCUGAUUAAGAUGCUGAAGCACACCAGGUACACUGUAAGCUUGCCUCAGUGGCGUCAGGAGCCGCCGCUGCCAGCUGUGCCUGCAGUGGCAGCAAUGCCCACGCCACAGUUAGUGCCACCACAGCCGUCGGCGGAAAGUCCCAGCUCUUUCAGGCUUAAUGCCCAUGCACAAAGUUGGGUACCCUAUGAACAGCAUGCGGGCAGCUAUUGGGCACAAGUAAGCGGACAGGAAAUGCCAACCCCUGCACCAUCCAGCAAGUCUAAUACAAAUUUAUUGGAUACCCUUAGAGACGCGCAAGACACCAGAGCGCCAGUUGACGCUUUGCUAGCUACAGCUACAGAGGCGACUGAAGAUGUUCAUCAACGCCAUAGCAUUAACUGUCCAAAUGAAGCAUCCGGUUUCAUGCACUUGCGGCAAAUGUAUCCCAACAAGAAUUUAACAGGUCUAUGGGACUUGUAUGUUAAGUGCAAGGGUGAUGUUGACUGGGCAGUUGACAUACUGCUCAAAGAAGAUGAGCUAAAUGCGGAUGUAGCCGAAUAUGGGGAGGAUACGCUGGUGCUAGAAAGCGCGGAUUUUCAAUGCGCCUGCAGUGGUAUUAACAACGUCAGCAACAGCCUUAAUAAGGACAGCCAACCAACGCCUGCCGUUGCCUCAAGCAAAAUUCAGGCAAAGCCCCAACGCCAACCGCGUGCCAAGCGCACUGCCACAGCAGCCAGCGGCAACAAGGAGCUGCAAAUGCAGAUUGAAAACUGUUUUGUGCUAAGCGAUGAUCAGUACUCGGACCAUACGCGUAAGAUACGCGACAUACGCAAUGGAAUUUUAGAUCAACCGUUGCCAGUGCCCACAGUGGAACCACCGCCCGCCACCGAUGAGGAGGAAAUCGAUGCGGAGGAUCAGGUACUGCUGGAAAUGGAGCUGGGCGAAACGCUUAUUGAGCAGUUGCGUGAGCAUUUUAAGUGGGAGGGCGACUUGCUGCCCAAAGAUGCAGUAGUUGCACCCACCAAGGUGUUUAUGCCACGCGGUCUGGCCAAACAGCUGUACAUGGUCUGGAUGGAAGCCAUGCAUAAUCAGUUCGAAGAGAAACGCCAACAAACCUUGCGCGAGGACGAACAAUUUGCCCAUUUGCUUAAGCAUCCCAAAUAUGCCGAUUGCACUGAACCACCACAAAAUAUGAAUGAACUGUUGGACAUGGAGCUGGCCUGGAGCAUCUACACAAGCCAGAAUGUGGCUGUCAGUCAGGCCGCACGCCAGCCAUCGAAUGAUAUUGCCACACGUCUAACUAAAAUGAAGCUGUGCGAAAAGUUUCCCAACAUACCCAAGGAGACUGUUCUUGAUAUAUUUGCAGAUACUGGCAAUAAUUAUGUGAAGACAGUGGAGCUGCUCGACAGUGACGCGCAAUGCGAUCUAACUGGGGCUCAGCUUUACGAGCAGGCCCUGCGUGAAAGUGAAAAGCUACAUGCCCAAGUUCAGCUGGAGCAGCAGUCAAAGCCACCCAAGCUCAACAGUCCGCGUUCCGUCAAAUCGCAAUCACCGCAGCUACAUGAGGAGGCCAAAUCUGCAGCGUUGCGUGAUUUUGAGGAGACGCGUAAUAUGGCCGCUCAUCAUGCUCAGUUGCGCGCCGAAUGCAACCAUAAGGCAAGCCAGGCCAUACAACAAGGCAGUGGCAGCGUGGCGCUUUACUACUCGGAAAUUGGACGCCUGCAUAAGCAAAAGGUGGAUCUGUAUAAUCACCGUGCCGCCGGCUGCAUUAUGGAAGUGCAUAAGCAUACGCAAAAUAAUCCAGAUUUACUUGAUCUACAUUAUUUGCAUGCGAUGGAGGCUGUCAGUAGUUUGGAUUUAUUCCUAGAUCGCCAUAUAACGGUGCUGCGCAACAAUACGCGUGUCUAUAAGAAUGUCUUUAUCAUAACUGGACGUGGUUUGCAUAGCGUCAAUGGUGUGUCUACAAUCAAGAAGCGAGUAAAAGCCAGAUUAGGGGAGCGUCGCUUGCGCUGGGAGGAGCUCAAUCCAGGUCUGCUGCGUGUCAAACUCUACUCGGCAUCAAAGCACUCCACAAACUUCUGAUCUAAAUACAGAUGGCCAUGACGGAACCGCCGAUAAUACACACGCACCCACAUACACAUCCACAUAUGUACAAAAUGGCAAGCACAACAUGUGCUUGUUUCCUAUAUACACUUUAUUUUUAUAUAAGGUUGUCCAUAAAAUUAAUUGUAUUACAUUUGUGUGUUCAUUAAGCUCUUAGCGGCACAUUCCCCUUUCACACAAUUUAUUUUAAACAUUAACUUCCCUUAAAACUUUAAACUGAAAUUUUAUUUUAAUACUCUUACUCUUUUGCUUACUUAAAAGCAUAUACAAUGUUUCAUAGUUACAAAGUCUGCUUUGAAAUGAAAAAAGAACACUUAAUUUUAACAUUUUUAACUAAGCCACAACUCUGAAGUUGUUAAUUUUAAGUUUAAUGGGGUGCUAUUAUUGCAA